GGAUCAAAGAGAAAAGAAGAAGAAAAACAACUAAUUUUCAUGCAUUUUUAAUUUGAAACGACAGAGCAGAACGAGAACUGAAUGAGAAGUUGAUUUUCCAUGAGCGAUGCGGUGGUUGGUAGAGAAUAUAAUUGAUUUUUAGCUUCGUCUAGGGUUUGUUGAGAAUUGAGAGCAUAGCUCAACACACAAUGAGAGAUAUUUGUCGAAACUUUCAGCGUGGCAGCUGUCAAUACGGAGAAAGAUGUAGAUACUUACAUGUCCAGCAACAGAGAAAACCUAAUGCUCAUGGGUUUGGAGGACAGAACAGUUCCCAUCAACAGCAAAAUACAAAUCCUUUUGGGUUUGGGUCUCACUCUGGCUCUGGCUUUGGCUCGCAACAACAGCAGAAGACUAAUAAUCCUUUUGGUUUUGGCACGCACAACAGCUCCCAGUUAAAUGGGGGGAACCAAUUCAAGCCUUUUGAAAACAAAUGGAGUCGACAGUCAUCCAAACCCCAAAAUGGUGUUUCUCGCCAAUCUAAUAACAACUCCCAACAAGUGGAUCAUAAAUGCACAGAUCCUGAGAACUGUAAGCGGCAGAUUGCGGAAGAUUUGGGCCAAGAGAAACCGAUUUGGAUACUUACAUGCUAUGCUCAUUGCAAAGGUGCUCCUUGUGACAUUGUCGGUGAUAUUAGCUAUGAAGAAUUGCGGGCAUCAGCCUAUGAGGAUGCUAAAAAUGGGAUGAGCUUGCCAUCAAUAGUUGAGAAAGAGAGAAAUAUACUAAAAUCCAAGUUGGUUGAUUUUGAGAAACUACUUUCUGAACCCUACAAAAUGCCAAUCAAUUCUUCUCUUGACCAUCAAAAACACCAAACUGUUGGAGCCAAUGCAAAUCCAUUUUCAAUAACUUCUCAAAAUAAUGGUCCUUUGUCAGUCUCAAGCUUUAGUCAACUGGGUACUUCAUUAAACAUGGGUUUUGAAAGGCCUUCUGCACCACCAACGAACACUCUGGCGCAACCUAGUUUCUUUGGAAGUGGAGUAAAUCUAGGCAGCAGUGGUGUCUUUGGUGCUCAAAGCAUCCCCUAUUCUGCACCGGUGGAGUCAACAAUGUUUCCGGGUUCAACUCAGCAAACAUCUGUUGCCUUCAAUAACUCUGGAGCCACUACAAUGUUUCAAACAACACCAGAUGUUCAGUUGUCAAAUAAGUUGAAAGUUGAGAAUGUGCCGGGAGAAUUCACUAUUUGGAUGCAAGAGACAUGGAAUCCGGGAGAGAUUCCAGAAGAAGCUCCUCCCGAUGCCUAUAUACGAUAGCCAAUUGUAUAUUGCCAUCUGAAACACAGUACUCAAUACUGCGAUGGCACGAUUUGAUGGUGUUUCGGCCUUUCGUGGUUGAAUUACAAAAAUCAAAUAGCAUAUUGUAGUUCUUAUAAGCCCGACUAAAUAUCCCAAAAUGAUUUGACUGCCCAGCACUAUCAAGAAUUUAUUUAUUUGAUUGGGAUUUUAGUUUCCAUAUGUAAUUUUUUAAUGCAUUAAUUUUUCAUUGCUUAUGCAAAAAAUUAGUGUACUUUUUUCUUUAUAAUGUCAGUAUUGAUGUCUUUGUUGAAAGAGAAAAUUCUAGAGUGUCAUUAUUUGUGUCUAAAUGGUCCAAUUGGAUGGGUUGACCUUAUUAGUCCAUUAGUCUCUUGUAUAGCAACAAAAAUUUAUGAUCGAGUUGUAUUUUUUUUAUAGUUAAUAAAAUUAUAAAUGAUGAAUUUAAUAUUAUUUA